CGUUGUAUCCGAAACAUUCAAAAAAUUCGACCGUUGUAACCAUAACCAUUUUACAGAAAAAGAAGGCCUUUUCUUCAAAGAAAAACCUAAACAGAACAGAACUCAAAAAUGGUGAGUGAAGAACCAAAACAAACCCCCCAAAACCCAAAACAUAUACUUUCAAAAGAACCAGAGGGAGUCGAAAAUUGCGAGAAAGCUGAGAGUAUGUUGAGCCCUGGAUUUAGAUCAGUGGUUGCAAUGGCCGGUUGGGACGAGGAGGCGCUUGUGAUCGCAAGUCUCGUCGUCGAAGACACGCCCGAUAGGGAUUCGAAACACCAGAAGCGAUCCGAUCCCCUGUUUAAGUCUCCACUCACAAAUUCAAGAAGGAAACGGAGGGCUCAGAGGAGGAGUCCAAUUUCAAUGGCCGUGCCUGUUCUUGACCUUGAUGAAGAACAAACAUCAAGAGAAGAGGCAGAGAGCGAGAAGAAUAAGGCGAGAUCGAAAACUAAAUCAAAAGAAGAGAAGAAGAAAAUGAGAGAGGAUGAAUUGCCUGAAAAGGGCAUUGGUGUUUCUUGCUCAAGCUCGAGUCUGCCGUGUAUGGAUCGACUUAGGGAAGAGCUUUCUUGUGCGAUCUGUUUGGAGAUCUGCUUCGAACCCAGCACCACUCCUUGUGGACACAGUUUUUGUAAGAAAUGUUUGCGAUCAGCCGCUGACAAAUGCGGGAAACGAUGCCCAAAGUGCAGGCAGCUAAUCGGCAAUGGAAGAUCGUGCACGGUGAACACAGUCCUUUGGAACACUAUACAGCUUCUGUUUCCACAAGAAGUCGAAGCAAGGAAGGCAGCAGGAGGCCUCAAUCACCGAGAAUCUGAGCAUCAAAGCUCUGAAAGACGAAGCUAUUAUAAUGUGAGGAACCGGAGUAUUCAAGCCUUAAAUAGUCCAGAACCCGAAAAUUCACAUGGUUUGAGGAUUCAAAGUGUUCGAUCUUUGGGGACAUCAAGCAGAGGAAAUGACAGAGGGAGACGGAUAAGGGGAGGGCCGAGCCAAGAUGAGGAUGCUGCAUUGGCUCUGAGGUUGCAGAGAGAAGAGUUCAUGGAGGCUUUUAGGGGAUCUGAUGAGCAAUUUAGUAGAAGCUCUUUUAACUCAGCUAGAGCAAACUUGAGGGCCAUGGCAUCUAGGGCUGUUGACAUUAGGAUUAGACGAGGCCGGCCAACAUAGAUAGACUCUUCUUGUCUUGCUUAUUAUGUUUUGAAUCUUCAUUUAACUGGAUAUUGUUUUACAUUCACCCAUUUCAUGAUGGUGACGACACAUGAGAGAAAUAUUUGUAGCUUAUAAGAAGUUAAGUUACACAUUAGGUUUCCCAUUUCAUGAUUUUGUUGUGCCUUUCUGGUUCUAGUUGAUUCUUUUACCCUUGCGUUUGAAUUUCUUAUUGCCUUAGUUGAUUCUUAUUGUAUUGGGAUACAUAUCAAUAUUGAUGAAUAAUAUUGGCAAUGGAAGACCAAAAUUUUGAUUUGUAA